CAAUUCUUUGUUUGUGUGUAAUUUGCGUUCAGGUCGAGCCGGAAGUGGACAUGUCUCCGAUACAGGAGGACGAGGGGCCCAAUGCCGUCUCGCAGUUGGCCAAAAAAAUGCAGGGAGCCAGCGUGAAGGGCUGGAAAAGUGUCACCGCGCUCUUCAACAAAGAGGACGAGCACCAGCUGCUGGAGUCGGAGACGGACACCGAGACGGAACCGGAGAGCCAACCGGAACCAGAGCCCAUACCCGACCACCCGUUGGCAGUGAGGCCAGAGGAGCCUCGGCCCAACAAGCGCCUGACGGGCUUCUGGGACAACUUCGCCACCAAGCUGCAGCAGGCCAAGCAGGCCCAGGCAGCCGCCGCGGCUGCCAUGGCAACGGAGGCGGGGUCAGAAGGCGACGUGGAGGCGGGGAUUGACAACGAGGGGAGGAGCCCGGAGGUGGAGAACCAGGAAGAAGAAGGAGGAGGAGGCGAAGCGGGGGCCUCUGGGCAGGAGGAGGAGGGCAACAGCAACAGCUUCUCCAAGUACACGUCUCUGGGAGGGGGCGGCAACGGGGAGACGGCACUCAAAUGGAACUUUGUCACCAGCAAGCUGGCCGAGCUCAAGACCAAAGGCAUGGCCAAGACCAACUAG